AUGCGUUUCUUCACAGCCCUUGCAACCUUCGGGCUCCUCGCCUUCGCGACUGCCCAGAAUGCGACCACUACGGAGACGAGCCUGAGCAGCGCCGGCUCGAGCAGCGCCGCUUCUUCCACCGCGUCUCUGAGCCCGCAAGUGAUAUGUCUGCAGUCAUGUGGUUCGGCGGACGUAUGCUGCCAAGCCAAGUGUGUCGGCGUGCCAUGCCCGUCCCAAUCACAGGCGAAUGCGACAACGGAUUGUGCUGCUCAAUGCCCGCAGGGCAAUGGCACGGCAAGCGAGACGGAAGAAUAUGCGAACUGUCAAGCAUCCUGCAUCAGCUCCUACUUCCUGACCUCGUCUGCCACGGCAGCUCCCACUGGCACCCAAACGAGCGGUUCCGCCUCCGCCACCGCCACCUUCGGAGGCGGCGACUCGACUACGGACGGCUCAGCGACAGCGACCGGUAAGUGCACACAGGACUUGGUGGCAUGA